CCCGCUCGCUCGCUCGCUCGCGUCCACACGGCCCCCGGCCGAUCGCUCGCUCGCUCAUUCGCUCACCCGGGCCCGCAGCCGCAGCCCUCGGCGGCUCCGCCCCGCCGCGCCCCGCCCCGCCCCGCCGGCCCGGCCGCAGCCCCCAGCGUCCCGGUCGCCUGAGUCACCGCCAUGGCCGAGAGCGCGGAGAGCGGCGGCCCCCCGGGCGCGCAGGACGGCGCGGCCGACGGCGGCCCCGCGGAGCCCAAGAUCAUGAAGGUCACGGUGAAGACGCCGAAGGAGAAGGAGGAGUUCGCUGUGCCCGAGGACAGCUCGGUCCAGCAGUUCAAAGAAGAAAUCUCUAAACGUUUCAAUUCUCAUACUGACCAACUUGUGUUGAUAUUUGCUGGGAAAAUUCUAAAAGAUCAAGAUACUUUGAGUCAGCAUGGAAUUCAUGACGGACUUACAGUUCAUCUUGUCAUCAAAACACAGAACAGGCCACAAGAUAAUCCAGCUCAGCAAACAAAUACCACUGGAAGCAAUGGGACCAAUACAUCAUCUCCUAACAGUAACUCCACAUCUAGUCCUGCUGCUAACAGCCCUUUUGGCUUAGGUGGACUUGGAGGACUUGCAGGUCUGAGUAGUUUGGGUUUAAACACCACCAACUUCUCUGAACUACAGAGCCAAAUGCAGCGUCAGCUUUUGUCCAACCCUGAGAUGAUGGUGCAGAUCAUGGAAAACCCCUUCGUCCAGAGCAUGCUCUCCAACCCUGACCUGAUGCGACAGCUGAUUAUGGCCAACCCACAGAUGCAGCAGUUGGUACAGAGGAACCCAGAGAUUAGCCACAUGCUCAAUAACCCAGACAUAAUGAGACAGACUCUGGAACUUGCCAGAAAUCCAGCAAUGAUGCAGGAAAUGAUGAGAAACCAGGACCGAGCCUUGAGCAACCUAGAGAGUAUUCCUGGGGGCUACAAUGCCUUACGACGCAUGUACACAGACAUCCAGGAGCCCAUGCUGAAUGCUGCUCAGGAGCAGUUUGGUGGUAAUCCAUUUGCUUCCUUAGUGAGCAGUACUUCCUCCGGUGAAGGAAGUCAGCCCUCUCGAACAGAAAAUAGGGAUCCACUACCCAACCCGUGGGCUCCGCAGACUUCCCAGAGUUCACCAGCCUCUGGUAGCACCACUAGCACUGUGAGCGGCUCUGCUGGGGGUGCCACCAGUACCCCAGCUGGGCAGAGUACCUCAGGACCAGGCUUGGUGCCCGGAGCGGGAGCUAGCAUGUUCAACACACCAGGAAUGCAAAGCUUGCUGCAGCAGAUAACUGAGAACCCGCAGCUUAUGCAGAACAUGCUGUCUGCCCCGUACAUGAGGAGCAUGAUGCAGUCACUGAGCCAGAACCCUGACCUUGCUGCACAGAUGAUGCUGAAUAACCCCCUAUUUGCUGGAAACCCUCAGCUUCAAGAACAAAUGAGACAACAGCUCCCAACUUUCCUCCAACAAAUGCAGAGUCCUGACACGCUCUCAGCAAUGUCAAACCCUAGAGCUAUGCAGGCGCUGUUGCAGAUCCAGCAGGGCUUGCAGACGUUGGCGACAGAAGCCCCUGGCCUCAUCCCAGGGUUUACUCCUGGCGUGGGGGCCGCAGGCAAUUCGGGAGGCUCUUCGGCAAACAAUGCGCCCAACACUGCACCUGCUGAAAACACGAGCCCCACAGGGGGCGCUACUGAGCCGGGCCACCAGCAGUUUAUCCAGCAAAUGCUACAAGCUCUUGCUGGGGUGAAUCCUCAGCUGCAGAGCCCAGAAGUCAGGUUCCAACAACAACUGGAACAGCUCAGUGCCAUGGGAUUCUUGAACCGUGAAGCAAACUUGCAAGCUCUCAUAGCGACUGGGGGUGACAUCAACGCAGCGAUUGAGCGGUUGCUGGGCUCCCAGCCAUCAUAGCAGCAUUUCUGUAUCCUGAAAAAAUGUAAUUUAUUUUUGAUAACGGCUCUUAAAUCUUUAAAUAACCUGCUUUAUUUCAUUGGGAUUCUGUGCUGUUAUAGGAGACCGAUAGGAAGGAAGCGCCUGAGGGGGUGCAGUGAGACACACGUGCGGGUUCUUUGGAACAGUGGGAAUCAAUGUUUUCAGUUAAGGCUGCUGCAUGCAUCAAACACUUGGCAUUUAUUGUAAUUUUUUUUUAAAUAUCACCUUUUCUAAUUGGGUGAACAAAUUUUUGUCCUGCAUCUGUCUAACUUGCUUUUUAAACAUAACCCCAUGGUAGUAAUUUAUGUAGAAUAAAGGCAUUAAAAGCAGAUCAUUUGCGCUCCAUGAUUUGUGGUACAAUAUUGCUUACUGUGACUUUGGCAUGUACUUUUGCAAAUAAUGCUGUAAGGUUUAUACUACUGACAAUUUUGCUUAUUUGUAUACAGUACAAAUUACUGCACAUUUCUAGGUCAUCUAAGCAAAAUUCCUGUAACCAAAAAAAGUAAAAUAAGGAUUCCUAAUUGUGUAGAAUCUUACAGCAUCUUUGAUAAACACCUCUCAGCAGAAGUGCCGUUUAGUCAGGUUUGUUGAAAAUAAAGAAAAGCUGAUUCUGGUUAUCUCUUUAGGGACAUGUAAUUGUACAGACAAUAUAAUGUAACAAUAUCUCAGCAUUGACAUAAUGGCUGGAAAUGACCUGUGUUUGUUCAGCUGUAACUGCUCCAGUGCAUUUGCUGGGCUUCCUGCCCCACGGAGGUGUCCAAGCAGCAUCGAGUGGGAUUGAAAUGUUGUUUUCCCUCAAAGUGCUGGCGUUUCCGUCUUAAUUGCCAUUAAAAGUAGAGCUAUCUCUUGGGUUUAUCAGCUCUCUCAUUCAUAGGCAAUACCCACAUUUAAAAUGAUUAGUAAGCCACUUGUUUCUGAAGUGUUUUCCUAGUUCUAUUAAGAAAUAGUUGACUGUUGUGCUGUUCAGAGCCUCAGAAGGGGGGUGGGGGAGGGACAAGACAGAAUCUAUUCUGGAUUGGGCCAGCCUGAACUGAUACUGGCAACCAAGGUCUGUGAAGAUUCCAUGCGUAAAGCAGUGUCAGUCUGGUGAGACAAAGAGCCGUUUUCACAGUUUUGAGUAAGUUUGGCUGUCUGACAGCCUCUUUCUUCCUUCCCAAAGAAGUUCUGUUUGCCUCACUCUCACACUGUUGGGGUGAUACAUUCCUUCGGGACCAAUUAAAAUAUAACUUUAGGGUCAGUGAGAUAUGCGGCUGACUCUGGUUCAGUAUUCUCUUAGGUCAUUGUAUUCUCUCUUGUACAGUUACCCAAAAUUAUAAUGUUGAAAUAAAUAAUCUAAAAUGAGUUCAGACAAAUAAAAUCAAGGGAAAUAGAUGGUGAAUUCUGUAACUUCUGUAACUUGCUUGCUAUUAAAAGGUUGCGAGGCCAGGUUGACCCCAGACUGCCCUGCUCUGACACUGCCCCAAGAAGAGAGCGUGUACAAAGGUGGGGUGCAGCGAGGCUGAGGAGGCUGGCGAGGGUGUGCUGCGUCUCUGCUCUGCCUCACGCUCAGUCUGCCGAGUUAAAGACUUCUGUACUGGUGAAGGGACCACAGGAGGGGCUGUGUCAUAACCAGUUUGAUUUAUGAAUCACAAAUUACAAUAAAUCCCCAGCUUUCA